AUGUAUAUCCCAACCUCUCAUACCCACGAGUUGCCACUGACCGGAUCAAGGUAUGACUACUAUUUUGAGGCUGAUAGAAAGGGUGACUCGACCAGUGGUCACAGGCACGAUUGGGAAAACGUAGUGGUCUUUGUCAGAAACGACACCAUCCGACGCGUGGUAGGCUCUGUGCACGGAAAGUAUCACCACAGGGACAACCCGCUACUACAAGAUGGUCACCCUCUAAUAGUGUAUUACAAGAGGCCAAUGACAACUCAUGGCCUUCAGUUUGCAAAGGAUAAGAACUUAAAGAAGGUUGAGAACCAUUAUGGGGAGUGGGUUAUCGCCGAUCUAAUUGGCUGGGAUAGGUUCCCUACCGAGAAGUUCAGGAAUAAAUUAUCAAAAUAUGACUAUAGAAGGGCGAGAUUUCAUUUGGCGUAUAAAAGGUUUUUGAAGAGUUUGCACAAGACAGCGGGAAAAUAUGUUCCUGGAUUUAACCCUAACAAAGAUGGAGGGGAGGAGUAUAACCUUAACCCUGAGAAAAUCAAUAUCAGGAAGGGCAAGAAGAAUAAAGAUAAAGUAGAGGAUAAGAAGGUAAAGAGUAUAAAGGGGGAUGAUAAAGAGGAAGACAAGGGCGAGGAAAAGAAGGAGGAUGAUGAUUCCAAAAAGAGAAUUAAUAUCAAGAAGGAGAAGGAGAAUGAUAAAGAAAAAAGUGAGGACAUAGAUCCUGCCUGUAAUGCCGAACUCGACCUAGUCAUUUAUUGCACUUGCCACCUCCAUCGAUUUGCUGAUUUAUGGCGAGACUCAAUGCAGCAGACCACUUGA